AUGCCAGUUAAACCUCAAGCAUCUGAUGCCUCUUCAAACUUGAAAACUGAGGCGAGUAUGUCAUUCAUGUCGCUACCCGAGACAAAGACCCUACCUAGAAAACAGAUUAAUCCAACUCGUGAUU